UCCGUGAAGUCGCUUUAGAAAAGGUGGGCGUUGACAUAUGAUUGCCUCCAUUGCUUUUUAACUUCAGAUUCAUGCGAAAUUCAUACUUUUUCUAUGAUUGAUUCACAAGUUUGAUAUGUACUGAAGCAAAAAAAGGAGAAAACAUCACAGCACUGUUAUUUUAGGAUCUCACCAUUUCAAGGUGUCAAGUUCUUGACCCUCGGAAGAAAAAGUUCAGAUCAAUUUAUGCUAAUAGAAGAUCAUCAAUAAUUAACUAAUUCUGCAAAGUGGAUAUUUGAAGGAGUGAGUGUGGUGAUUACCUAAUUCAUGGAUAUUUGUGAAAACCUGUGCUUAAUGGAUUACUUCUUGUGAAUUGUGAAAUAUCGUUAUUAUUACUUUGGAUUACGUUUUUAUGAGCUUAUUUACAAUAUCGUUGUGUGAAUUUAUUGAUCAUGGAUUACCGUGUAGAUUAUUCCACGCACGUUUGAUUGUGUGUAGUGUAAUUUGUGCAUAUAACUUGGAUUAAUAUCCUGGAUUACUAAAAUUAUCGAAGAUUUUUUGGAUACCUUGUUACAUUAGGGUGAAAACAUUAUGCAUCGUCCUACCCGUCUGAAAGUGACGGAUAUCAACAAACAAUUUAUUUGUGUACUUUGUGAUGGAUAUCUCAUAGAUGCUACGACCGUUGUUGAAUGCCUCCAUUCCUUUUGCAGAACUUGCAUUGUGCAUUAUUUGGAGAACAGCCGGUUCUGUCCCGUCUGCGAAGUUCAAGUGCACAAAACAAAACCUCUAUCAAGCAUAAGAUCUGAUGUUACACUUCAAGAUAUAGUUUAUAAGUUAGUUCCCGGUCUUUAUCAAAAUGAAAUGCAAAGGAGGAGAGAGUUUUACUCUGCCCAUCCUGAAGCAGCUGCCAAAUGUUCGUCGGAAGAACGAGGUGAAGGGGCUGAACAAAGGUGCUUUUAUUCUCCCCAAGAAACCAUCAGUCUUAGUCUGGAAUACAUGCACAGUUCCAAAGAUGCGGUGGAAAACGAUAAGGAGGGAUCGAAUAAAAAGGAUCCCAUGACCAGAUACCUGAAUUGUCCAGCUGCUUUGAGUGUCGCAAAUUUGAAGAAAUUUAUUCGUCAAAAAUUUGGCGUCUCAUCCUCAUAUUCGAUUGAAAUUUUUUAUGGUGAUAACCUUUUAAUAGAUGAAUAUACAUUGAUGGAUAUUGCGUACAUUCAUACAUGGAGAAGGGCUGGCCCUAUGAAAUUUUUUUAUUCUAUAAUGACGAGUUCUCCAAGAACAAAUUAUGAAGUUUUGAAAGUUCUCCCUGAAAUUAAAGACGAGCUUACCACUGUUCCAGUUCCGAAUGUUGUUCCAGUGUCCGAAGAAACAGAUACUAGCAUCAAAGUAUCAGAAGACAGUAUGAAAAUGGAAGUUGACGAAUCACCGAGCACAGAAUCUAAUACUCCUUGCAAUGAAAUUGGUGGUGUAGAGGUGAAAUCGUACGAGGUAUCAACCAGCUUGUGUUCCACAUCAGCCGUUCAAAAAAUGGAAGUUGUAGAAUCUGAUACUCCUGUACAAAAUGUAAAUAACACUAGUCCAGAAAACUUACCUGUGACUUCCAAAGUUGAACUGCUUCCACAAAGUAUUCAGAUUCUUACAACUCCACAACAUACUGUUAUAACUUCCGCUAACAGCUUGAAGAUGAAAUUUGUUGCAGGACCAAAACCGAAACCUCUCUGGAAAACAGUGAAUGCUAAAAAGUUAAAAAGAGAAGCUCGAAACAAGCCUGCACCACGCUUAGCUCGGCUAGCUCCAUAUCCACCACCCGCCACUGCCCCGCCCACUUGUUUAACAGCUACUCCACUAUCUCAAUUAACUGUUGGAAAACUUGUUCCGAAUGUUAUGCCUAGUCUUGCCCCUUCCUUAGUCACUGCAUUAGUGUCUACAACUGCUAAUUCUCUUUGUAGUUCCUCACCCAAUGCAAAUCUACAACCCUCUACUCAAUUCUUAGGUCAAGUUACAACAUGCAAUGUCGUAACUUGUAAUGUGACUACAUUUUCUAAUAGCUUUUCACCCUCUACUAAUUUUCCUCAGAAGAAUUUCACUACAUCAUCAACCGAUACAAAGUUGACCACAUCAGUUCCCAAUUCAAGUUUUAUAAGUACUUUGCCUAGUUCACAUGUGAUUGCAAUUCCAGCUGCAGUGCGUAGUCCUGUGAAUAUUUUACCUAAUGUAAACAACUUGCCAACUAUUGAAGUGACAUCCGCAAAUGUGAAACCUCCUAUCCCUCAUGUAUCUAUAACAAAUGGUUCUUACAGUGUGCCCGUUUCUUCGUCUAUUUCAACUGGAAUAAUAGAUCAAGUUGAGUGUAACAGUAUUAAAGCACAGAUGAAUUCUUUACCGAAUACUGUGCUAAGUUCUUCUGCUCCUUCUAUACCUGUGAUAUCAGUAUUAUCUGAUUCAAGUGCUUCCAUGCGGGAAAGUUCGAAAAAUGGAUUAAGUGUGCCACGAAACUCUUCUAAAUCCCCAUCUCCGAAUUCCACGCCACCUUCCGCGGCUGAAGUUGAUGAUAAGACUUCCGAUACAUCAGAAAAAUCUUCGCUUAAAAUGCUUCUUACUUGUGAUAAAUCCAGCGAUAAGAAAGAAACAGCAAACAAUGAUAAUAUAAAUAGUUUAGAAAAUGAUAAAGCCUCUACGAUCAAACCUUCAGAAAAUGCUAAAAACUCGUCUCCUCAUACCCCUCUAACAAAUGGAAGUUGCGAAAGCUUUCCACUCAGUACUAAAACACCCGAAACAUUUGAUAAAAAAGAAAAGAGCUCCCUAUCUGCAGAUUUCAGUGAUAACGAUGAUUUAGGGUGCCAGGCUGACCUGGUUGUGGAUGAGCAUAAAAUGGACAGCUCGGACAAUGAGGAUGAGAGCGAUGUAGCCCUGCGCGAAAAGAUCACCGCAAUAGCCGAAAAAGAGGAUGACGCGGAUGACACUGAAGCUGACAGUGGUCGAGCUAGUGAUAUGAGUAAUCAAGCUCGAUCUAGCUGCGAUGACGAUAUCGGUUCUCCCACGCCUACAUCGUUAUCAGAGCCUGAUCGGAAACCGGCGACCGCAACAACCACCUCUACAAACUCCAUAUUGCCCAGUUUUACUUUACCUGUUAACAGCUCAUCGACAACAACGGAAAACAGUAAUAGAAGUGCUAAAUCUAACAAUAUUAAUCACGUCAUUAACAAUUUAUAUCGAAAUCACGAAAAGAAAGACAACAUUGGUGCUCUCGAUUUGUCUACUAGUUGUGUCAGGAAAGCAGGCGAGGUUGCUGGUGCCCGUCCAAAACCUGUGGCGAAUCCAGUAUUGGACACUAAACACAAGCAGCCUUCCUAUUUGGGCGCUGCCAGUAAACAGCAUACAGCUUGUCCUCCGCCGCCCAAACCUCCCACUUCCUCUAUAUUGAUGCAGGGAUUGACUUCUCGCACACCUCUUGUUCCUUCACAAUUACAUGGGAAACCUCCUCACAUACCUGUUUCAACGUUCCUCGGUCCACCCUCUUUCUUUUCUAGUCAGAAUAGAACUGUUUCCACGACCUCUGUUACAACGGGACGAUCGACGCCUACCUAUAAUGCAAGUCGUACAGCCAGCUCCCCAGUGCCUAUAUCUCAUUCGGCUCUCUCAUUGCUACCAGUUUCGCCAGGCUCUUCUCAAAUAAUGCCUGGUAUUCCGUAUCCUCCCUGUGUGCCUAAUCCCAUGGCUUUUCCUUAUCGGACUCCUGUCACUAUACCGCACCAUAAAGGAAUAUCUUCGCCACCUUCUACCAGUAUUCACAGCAAAACAUCUUCUAAACAAUCCAACAGUCGAAAAUCUUCGCUAGAUUCUCACCAUACCAAAAGUUUAACUAGCCCCAACAGCCGGAACGGUGCUUUAGGCGUAGCAUCCCCUGCAACCCAAGCUUCCUACCCCAAGACGUCUCCUUCCAACGCCAGAAUGUCACCCCUGGCAUCCACCGCACCCAGCCCAAAGUCCAUGAUGCCUGGUGCUUUACCGAACACCCCCUCCUACAAGCCAAGUCAGCCACUCAGCCCCAAGUCCAUCAUGCCGAGCUCUUUACCGAAUACUUCCUCUUACAAGUCAAGUCAGUCACCCAUCUACAAGAAAUCCUACAAGAGUUAUAAUAGCAAGUUCAAGGGUAGCAACUUAACGGUGUUGAAUCCUGGUGACCCCGAUCACAACGGCUACAGUCCGAAAUUAGUCAUUAAAAACUUAAACGUCAAACCUAAUAAUAACAACAACAACAGUAAUCACCACCAUCACCAUCAUCACUCGUCUCCGAAAUAGACUACUUUUUUUUGCAUUCUUUUGUACAUAGACUGGCAGUUUAUUAUAUAUUAAUAUUAUAUCAAAUGGGGAAAACAAUUCUUAAGUCUCUUUGUAUAAAACUACAAAACAACCUUAGUUCGUCGAUUCAUUUGUUUGAUCAUUUAAAUUUUCUAUAUUUUUAUUUGUUAAUGUGCUUUUUCUGAGGAUACUUGUUGAACUGAAAGUUAAUACUUAAAUUAAAAAUUUGUAUGUUUUUUUUUUAAUUUAAAAACUUAACUUAGACAAUUUGUGGAAAAGUAAAUAAUUAAGAAUUUUUAAUACACGGAUUAUUGAUUUCUUACGGAAACGGGAUUAAACUAAAAUAAUCUUGUUUAAUCCCGCAUUUAUUUUGUUAAUCUGCAUUUAAAUGCAGAUUACCAAUAAAAUUUUUCAUUUUU